AUGAACGGCGCGCAUAGCGCUCUUAAGUGGGGCUUCAAGGAACUUGUAUCAGACGCUCCCUUGACAAGGUUUCAAUCAAUGGUUUCGGAGCGUAUGCCGCUCAAGCUCACACAAGGGCACACUGGGCUGCAAACGCUUUCACCAGGAGAUCACUUAUUGUAUUUUAACCCACAGAGGGAGACACUGGAUGUUGACGGAUACUUCAAAUACCAGACCCCAGCCGCUCUUCUGCAUCGUCCGUUAGCAUUCAAGAGACGCAUGUGGGCACUGGGUGCCAUGUCUUUCAAGAAUCCAUUACGCAUUGGUCACAGCUACGAGUGCAUAGAAACAAUUAAGUUUGUAAAAAAGAUCAGACAAGACUACUACGUUGGGAUAAAUCGUCAAAUUUUUGAGCCUAGUUCAAACGUUUCUUUCGUCGAUGAGUUUCGCACGCUUGUUUAUACCGAUAGUGCACCAGCACCAAUCAGCCCCGCCGCAGCGCAUAUGCAGAACCCAGUUUCGAGUGUGCGCUUGACAUUUUAUGAGUCGGAUGUUUUUAGGUACAGUUCCUUGACAUUCAACCCACAUAGGGUUCACUGGGAUCACAAAUACUGUACUGAAGUUGAGGGAUAUUCAAGCCCCAUCGUCCAAGGGCCCUUUAUUGUUCAUGCCCUGCUGAAGUACGCCCAAUGCCUAGGAGUGCGCGUUGGCGCAGUCAAGUAUAAAAAUUCACAAUACCUAAGUUCCGGUAGUACUGUCGAGAUGUGCAUCGCUGCUCCAGUGGAAGGAAGAUGUGAAGCCCACGUUCGUGACCCGCAAGCUCCAAAUAUCAUAUUCUGUAAAGCGUCACUAACGCUAGCCUAG